AUGGGCGGUCUCGAUAUAACUUCUGCGUCGCAGACGCCUGUCUUCGAGGAGCGGGAUGGGGAUGCAGGCGAGGUUCUUAAAGUGCAGAAUGAGGAUGAGUUGCGGUUGGCACAGAUGGGCCAUAAACAAGAGCUGAAACGCCAUUUCUCUGUUUGGAGCUUGAUCGGAUUAGCGGCGAAUUGUACUAUUUCUUGGACAGGUCUUGGUCUAGGACUAAUCACGGAAAUAAACGCCGGUGGGCCAGGCGCACUAAUCUAUGGUUUUAUCCUGGUUUUCAUCCUACAAUCAUUCGUCGGCGCAUCACUCGCCGAAUUCGUCUCAGCUUACCCAGUCGAAGGAGGAAUGUACCAUUGGAUCGCGGCAAUUGCCCCAAAGAGAUACAACAGUUUGCUCAGCUUUGCAACUGGGUGGUGUACCGUUUUUGGCUGGAUCUUCACGACCGCCUCGACAAACUUGAUCUAUGCUACAACAGUCAUGGCAUUGAUCGCGCUAUAUCACGACGGCUUGGUUGUUCAACCGUGGAUGACCUUUGUGGCAUAUCAAAUUCUCAACAUUUUGACUGCUGGUGUGGUUAUGUUUGGGAAUCGCUUUAUUCCGAUGAUCAACAAAUUUUCAUUGGUAUACUUGCAAGUGGCUUGGUUUGUCACGAUGGUCGUGGUGGCUGCUUCGGCACCCGUGCACAAUGACAGCAAAUUCGUGUUCCGGACUUGGAUUAACAACACUGGCUGGGAGAAUAACGUUAUUUGCUUCAUUACCGGACUAGUGAAUCCAAUGUAUUCACUUGGUGGCUUGGACGGGAUUUCGCAUAUCACUGAGGAAAUGCCCAAUCCUGGCAGAAACGCCCCAUUGGGUCUAGCAAUCACACUCUCAAUCGCCUUCGUAACAGGACUAUCCUAUCUCCUUAGCCUGAUGUUCUCAGUUCAAAACUAUGGCAGCUUAGCUGAUACACAUACCGGAUUACCUCUCGCCGAGCUCUUUUGGCAAGUAACCUCGACAAGGGGUGGAGCAUUUGGGUUGGUGUUCAUGGUAUGGGUUGCUCUAGGUCCCUGUGUAAUCGGAUCACAAUUGAGCACGGGCCGGGUCUUUUGGGCCUUUGCACGCGAUGAAGGCCUGCCUUUGUCUAAAGUCUGGGCACGAGUUAACCCGCGACUUGGCUCCCCUUUCAAUGCACAGCUGUGUGUUGCAGUGAUUGUUGCCCUGUUAGGCUGCAUCUAUCUGGGAUCUAGCACGGCUUUUAAUGCUAUGAUGAGCUCCGCUGUGACCAUAAACAACUUUGCGUUCCUUGUACCGAUUCUCACGAAUGUUCUCCUUCGCCGUCGCACUAUGCAUCGUGGUCCAUUCUUUAUGGGACAAACCAUAGGAAUGACAGUGAAUAUUGUUUCCGUUGCGUGGCUGAUAUUUGCGAUUGUGUUCUUCUCAUUCCCAUAUCAGAUGCCUGCUACCGCGUCAAAUAUGAAUUACACUUGUGUUGUUGUAGGUGGAUUUUUGAUUAUUGAGCUUGCUUGGUGGUUCAUUGCGGGCAAGAAAUAUUCACUCACUGUACAGCGAGCCAAAGAGGAAGGUGUCGUCGGUGAAGCAUCCGUACAGGGGAAAGACCUUGCUUGA